AUGAAGGAGUUCUAUCUUGGCUCGCCAACUCCAUCGUGCUCGGAGCAUCGCGACAAUGGGAACAGUGACGCGUUGCCACCGGAGAUUCUUAAUAUGGCGCUUGAUCUCCAAGACGAGUAUAUUGGAGAGGCGCCCGAGCAACAAACGCAGAGUCAAAUGAUCUCCAAUGACCCGUUGUUCACCGGAAUCACAAGAGAAAUGUUCACCGAGAUGCUUGGAAACAUCACAUACUGCCGCGACGAAUGCGAGAACCGAAUGAACACGUGGAGAGGAGAGUUUCAGAGCGUUGCCAUGCAGCAAUUCUUCGUUGAACUUGAACGCGCAUUCCAGUACGCUGACGAUUUUAUCAAGCAUAUCUCUCUCUGCUACACGAAGAAAAUCCCGAUGAGCUUGGCGGAUAUGCAGAUUCUUUACAACUCCAUCGAUAUCCUCUACAAUCAGAUGGAUAAGUACGCGCGAAUGAGAAUGGAGUAUUUUGAGCGCAUUUCCAACCAGUACUGUUACAUGGAGAAAAUGGCCAAAUGCAAAAGCGCAUAA